GAGCGGCGAAGGGUAAUUAUAUAACCUUUCAAGGGCACCAGGGGACAGGUAUGCCGCCUAGCAGAUCUACAGCCAGUCCUACAAGUUCUCCUACAAUUUCUUCGAUAGAUACUGAAGCGAGUGGACCUAAGGCCAAACGCCGAGUCCAAAACAGAGAAGCUCAACGCAGGUUCCGCGAACGCAAAGAGCAGCAGAAGAAGCUUCUGCAGAAAAACGCCGAAGAUCUCCGCAACGAGUACCAAGCCUUGUUAAAACAGCACACCCAGACGGUCAGCGACGUCACGCGGCUUGUCAAGGAGAACGUCGUCCUUAGAGUCGAGGUCAAAAAUCUGCGUCAGCAAUGGCGCAUGAUAUUUGCUGUUCUCCAACGACUUCAGGGUGCGCAUUCAGCGGCGGCUUUGCCUGAGGAUGAGUUCCCUUUUGACGACGUCCAGGGCUACCUUGAAGAAUUAGCUAGUGCAACACUUUCAAAUUCGACCCACUAGAAGUGGAUGACUUAAUGGACUGUUUGAUACAGACCUAGGCAUUACCUAUGCUAAUCUAUAGAAACUAACUAGAUAACCCUCAGCGACUCUUUCAAUUUUUGUGUCAUUUUCUUGCAUGCCCUU